AUGUCACUUAAAUCCCCCGAGCCAUUCAUUGUUAGUGCUCCAGGGAAGGUCAUAAUAUUUGGUGAACACUCAGCCGUUUAUGGAAAGCCAGCAAUUGCAGCUGCGUUGAGUCUAAGAUGCUACUUACUUGUCGUACCAUCACCAGACCCAAACAACAUACGAUUACAAUUCCCAGACAUAGAGCUUGAUCACACAUGGAAUAAGAGUUCAAUCCCAUGGAAUGAUAUUCAAAAUUACGUGAAGUUUGAUGCGAAGGAUCAACCAGUCCCUCCUCCAGAAUUGGUACCAGAGAUUGUAGAUCAGUUAUCUGGUAUGCUUGGUGGGUUUGAAGAUAAUAAUAUCCAUCACUUGGCCUGCUUUUGCUUUCUUUACUUGUACGUAUGUCUCUGCGAUGAGACGCGUUCUGGGAUGACUUUCAUUGUUAGGUCCACAUUGCCAAUUGGAGCUGGAUUGGGUUCAUCUGCUUCAACUGCUGUUUGUCUCUCUGCAGCAUUGUCAAAACUAGGAGGCUGGAUCAAUGAUCCACAUGUGCAUGAAAAUGAGGCUACACCAAAACAAGAUAUACCCGAUCUCGAAUUCAUUGACAGGUGGUCACUUAUUGGUGAAAAAUGCUUUCAUGGAAACCCUUCAGGAAUCGAUAAUGCAGUAGCCACACAUGGCGGUGCAGUGAUGUUUCAAAGAUCGUCAGUGCCGGAAAAACCGUCCGUAAGAACCAACAUAAGAACAUUGCCUCCCGUUAAAUUGUUGUUGACCAACACUAAAGUCCCAAAGAGCACUGCCCAGUUAGUUGGUGGUGUUGGAAAACUAAACAACAAGUACCCCUCGCUCAUUACACCAGUUUUAGAUUCAAUGGGAAGUUUGGUACAAGAAGCAUAUCGUGUUAUGACCCACCCGGACUUUGGUUCCGAAGAAACUGCAAUUUUGCGUGAACUAGUCAACAUCAACCACGGUCUUUUAGUAGCAUUAGGGGUAUCGCAUCCUUCGUUGGAAAAGGUCAAAAUGAUUGGAGAUGAAUUGAAAAUUGGCGCAACUAAAUUGACAGGAGCAGGUGGUGGUGGAUGUGCGAUAACUUUGGUUAAUGAUGAUGUCGAGGAAACGGUUAUACACCAAACAAUGUUGGAGUAUGAGCGUCAGGGUUAUGAAAGUUUUGAAACCUCUUUGGGUGGUAAAGGGGUAGGAAUGUUGUUGCAACUGGUGGCAGAUGACGAAAAGUUUUCAUUGGAGCGUUUUUGCAACUAUGCUAACCGUUUAGAGAUUGAGGCUGCUCUUGCUGUGGAAAAUGUACCAGAGUGGAAAUUCUGGUAA